CUCAACCCCUGAUACUUUGACUGUUGGGCAAACUAGCAUGCAGAACUGCACAAUCUACAACGUCUACCCUGCACCUAUCAUUGAAUGGUUCCUUGGACCUGGUGAAGUGAACAUCACAAUGAACGCGACUAUUCACUCCAACCAAGACGACGUAUCAAGUCUCAUCAACGCAACCAGUUGUCUUUUGUUCACGCCAACGGCGAAAAAUCAUGGAGAGAACCUGACAUGUAGAGUGUCUCCUUCUGUGCCAAAUGUUUGGAAAUCCCGAAAUGCAUCUGUAAUCUUGAAUAUCGAAGGUGACCUCAGUCCAUCUGGCGAAAUUAGGGUUGAAAACGUGACGUCGUCCAGUCUCACCCUUUCUUGGGACGUUGACAACGUUACUCUUGAAUACUGCAACUGCAGCCAUGCGUCCUCUGAUAUCUUGAAAACAACGGAUCCUUGGAACUGUCGGGUCUGCAAUGAGCCGAUUGGCGUUAACGGGACUAGUUAUGACCUAACAGGCUUGGAACCGUUCCAGUGGUAUUAUCUGACUCUGAAUUUGACAGGUGGAGGAGUGGUGGCGUCUAAGCUAACUUCCACUGCCCCACCCAAGCCAGAAUAUUAUGGCGUCAUCAUGACAUUUUCUCUAGAAAAUUCGAAGUUGAAGAUAUCGCGUAUGCUACCAGUCAACAAUACCAUCCCCGAUGAUCUCUGCUUCUCCGUCGUCAAGACACAGGACCAAAGGGACAACUGCUCUCUGAGCAAUUGCCUUGAACUUGGGAACAAACUUCGGUACAUAAAUACGUCCAUAGAACAUGUUUCAGACUUUAGGCUAGUUAGCAGUGGUCGAGGAUUGUGCAGCAGUCCACCAUCACGUCCAUUUAUUCUGAACUCAACCGCAGGUGUACUCAAUAUGCUUCCAAUGUUCAUCCUGCUUGGGGUUGUUGCCGGGUCGGCGAUCUUUCUGUUCCUCUCCGUGGCCGUCAUCAUUGUUCUUUGCCUCCGACUGAAGCAAAACCGGAACAGAAUGCAAGUUCAAUGCCAUAAAGGUAGAACGUCAAAAGGGACUGAUGAGGAAGAUCCGACAGGGCAGGGUUUUGGUUCUAAUUACGAAUCUCUUGAUGGACCUCGUGGUGGAAUUUCUCUUUAUACUGGACUCAACUUUCCAGCGAAGGUAGCCGGUUCAGAAGAAUACGGUUCAGGAUCCGGAAAUCAUUCGACAGUUGUUGGUGAGGAAGAUCGGACAGGGCAAGGUGUUGAUUCUAAUUAUGAAUCUCUUGAUGGAUCUCGUGGUGGUAUUUCUCUUUAUACUGGACUCAACUUUCCAGCGAAGGCAGCCGGUUCAGAAGAAGACGGUUCGGGAUCCCGGAAUCGACCAACGGUGGCCAUUGAAGAUUACGAAAAUAUUUUGUAGAUGAUGUUGAUGGUUUAGCAUAAUUGGGUGAUUAACAGGAUAAAAAUUAAUAUACAUAGAGUGGAUAUUUUGCAGCCCUUUUGAGGGUGUAGGCCCUAUAGCUGACCGCAUUUAUUCCACACUGUGAAUACGGGAGUACGACCCGUCAACGUGUCGGUACUAGCGUUGAGAGUCUGAACCUGUGCAUUCUUUGUUCUAUGAAAUGGUUCGGAAAUAUAAGUUCAUAUCAUAGUCGAUAUAAUUUCAUAUCGUUGUAACGGGUAAUGUAAUUACCUUUUAUUAUUGUAUGCCUUUUUAACAGUGUACCAUUACCAUUUCCAGAAUGUAUAUGUUUAGAUUAGAAAGGAUGUAAAAAGAAUAUGAACUAAAAUUCUCCUUAGCUUUGAUGAAAUUCACUUGAAAACUAGUAUAAGGCACUAAAGAUAGAUAGAUGGAGCAUGACUAUAUAAACAACAAUUUGUACGUGUUUUUUAAUAUACAUGUAAUGUUGCCAGUGAUCUACUUUAUACAACGACAUUGCAUUCUAAAAAAUGUGUAUAUUAUUAUGUGUUUGUUUAGUUAAGUCAAUUUAUGUUUUUUUUUUAUACACGUGUAUGUUGGUAGUGAUCUACUUUAUACAACGACAGUGCAUUCUAAAAAAUGUGUACAAGUUUGUUUAGUUUAGUAACUGCGAAUUCACUUAGGAAAACACAGCAGUUGGGUGAACUCUAACCAACUUAGGUCGCGUAACGACUUAAAUCGUGAUUAGUUAAGUAAGUUAACCAACUGCUUAAGAACAUAUUUUACCUUUCCAGUUGGGUAAUUAUGUGCGAUUUUGAAUGAUUAAUUGAUUAAUGAGACAGUUCGCAAUUGGAUUUAAUCACAGUCAACCAAAAUAUGUUAGUAAAAUCUGAUUUAUUUGUUAAAGGAGAAUGAAACCCUUGAAACCAGCUGAAUCCAUAUCAAAGAGAAAAAUCAAAGAAACAUAUUGUUGAAAGUUUGAGGAAGAUUGAAUGAAUAAUAAGAAAGUAAUGAGCAUUUGAAUAUUGAGAUCACUAAUGCCAUGUAGAUCCUCCCAUUGGCAAUGCGACCAAGAUCUGUGAUGUCACACACGUACAACUCCCUCAUUGCUUUAGUACUUAUUUCACUUAUAUUCUCACUUUUAUAGAAUCUAUCACAAGGUGAGGUGUUCUCUUUAUGAGAGGACAAGUACAGAGGUUUCACAACAUUAUAUCAUUGAUGAAUCGUUUGUCAUAUGAUUAGAAUGAGCAAAAAGAGAUGUUUUGGGGUAUAUUUUCAGUGUCCGAAUGGGAGAGUUGUACGUGUGUGACAUCACAGAUCUUGGUCGCAUUGCCAAUGGGAGGAUCUCCAUAGCAUUAGUGAUCUCGACAUUCAAAUGCUCAUAACUCUUUUAUUGCUAGUCCUAUUUUACACAAAGUUUUGUUGAUCUUAUUCUUUGAUUUUUCUGCUUUCACAAAAGCUAACUUGCUCCAAGAGUUUCAUUCUCCUUUUUUUUAAGUAAGUUAAACAACUGCUUAAGAACAUAUUUUACCCCUUCAGUUGGGUAAUUAUGUGCGAUUUUGAAUGAUUAAUUGAUUAAUGAGACAGUUCGCAAUUCGAUUUGAUCACAGUCAACCAAAAUAUGUUAGUAAAAUCUGAUUUAUUUGUUAAGUUUGUCUCCCUUCACCCCCCUUCACCCAAUGCUUGAAAGGUCAAUAUUUCCCUUUCGGGCUACAAUUCUUAUUUUGAAUUUGAAUCCGCAGUCUUUAAAAUGAAUGCUUACAAUAUCGUGUCAACGUUAUCUAAUGAAACAGGCCCACGGUGGCUUACGUUGUACAGGUCUCCAAGAGGGCCUAUUUGGAAAAUGCGGUGUUAAAUUUUGAUGCAAGAGCGUGAACAUUAAACAAUACGCACACCAUUUUAUUGAAAAUAUUUAUUCAUGUAAAUUAUUUAUUUACAUAAUUAGUUAUGUAUUAUUGUUUUGUUUAAUGUACCAUUUGUUUGUUAAGCUACAUUUGCGGAACCCGA